AUGCGGUUGGUCAGCGUGCCCGGGCUGCGGGUGCGGCGUGCGGCCGAGCGGGAGGAAGAGGAAGCUCCUCCCCCUCCCCCCCCCCCUCCCCCCCUCCACCACUCCAAUCACAACUUCCUCAACAUGAAGAACAAGUUCUUCAACGAGCUCGGACACCUGCCCAACCAUAAACUGGGCAUGCCCAUGUAUGCCAUCGGGGCCAUAGUGGUGGUGUGCUUGGCUCUGGUGGGCACCUUUGCCUUCUGCAUCUAUAAGAAGUGCAUGGGCGGCAGCAAGAAGAAAGGGAAGAAGGUGCGCGAGAGGAAGGGAGGCGGACGGAGGAGGGUGAAGAAGGACGAAGGAGAGGGAGAGGAAGAGAAGAAAGAAGAAGGAGAAGGGAAGGAGCAAGAGUUCUUUGGCAAGCUGGAGUACUCUCUGGACUACAACUUCAAUGACAAUGAGCUGGUUGUAGGCAUCCUUCAGGCUGAGAGCCUGCCUGCCAUGGACAUAGGGGGCACCUCCGACCCAUACGUCAAGGUCUACAUGCUGCCCGACAAGAAGAAGAAGUUUGAGACCAAAGUCCAGCGCAAGAACCUGUGCCCUGUCUUCAAUGAGACCUUCAAAUUUAAGAUCCCCUUCAACGACCUGGCUCCCCAGACCCUGGUGCUGCAGGUCUUUGACUUUGACCGCUUUGGCAAGCACGACCUCAUCGGCGACAUCAAGAUCCCCAUGAACAGCAUUGACCUGGGUCAGCCCAUCCACGAGUGGAAGGACCUGGACGGAGGGGAGAAGGAGGAGGAGGAGAAGCUGGGUGACAUCUGUAUUUCCCUGCGCUAUGUGCCUACGUCCGGAAAACUGACCAUCUGCGUGAUGGAAGCCAAGAACCUGAAGCAGAUGGACCUUGGUGGUUUAUCAGAUCCAUUUGUCAAACUGGUGUUGCAGCACAAUGGCAAGCGUCUGAAGAAGAAGAAGACAACGGUGAAGGAGAAGACCUUAAACCCCUACUUCAACGAGAGCUUCAGCUUUGAGAUCCCAUUUGCCCAGAUACAGAAAAUUCAGUUGCUCGUCACCGUGUACGACUACGACAAGCUGGGCAGCAACGACGCCAUCGGGAAGUGCUGGAUCGGCUACGGCGCCACCGGUGUGGGCCUCCGUCAUUGGUCGGACAUGCUGGCCAAUCCCAGGCGCCCUAUUGCACAGUGGCACGUCCUGCAGCCAGAGGAGGAUGUCGACGCCGCCCUCAAGCUUCCCAUCCGCUAAUCACCAAAUCCACAAUAGAACUUAACUCAUUUCCCCCCUUAAAAUGUCAGCUCUAAUAGCCCUUUCUUCACAUGGCGUCAAACACUUUUGAUUCAAUGCAUUCGAAGCAGUUGUAAGUUGCAUCCGGUGGCAUAGACAUACACUUGCAGACUACUGUUUUGUAUGGCUUUCUGCCUGAAACUGUAUCUUGUUUAUACCAGCUGUUUCACUUUAAAGCCGGACAUGUUUGACGUCAUCGUGAAAAAGGGAAAUUUUGG